AUGCCAGGACAGGACACAUAUGGUGACGAUCCAAAAGCCGAGCAAGAUCGUAAGCAGCUCGGAGAGGCAGUGUCAUCAUUCGGCCCUGGACGGUGCAAGCAGGCGGAGGGAAAAUGGAAGCUCGAGGAAUUUGGGACAUCUCUCCAUGACCACCAGGUAAUCGGAGUGUCCUGGAUGCUGAGCCAAGAACAUCAAGAGACCGCCCCUCAAGGGGGUAUUCUUGCGGAUGAGAUGGGCCUCGGAAAGACGAUUCAGGUCCUAGCUUGCAUGUCUCAAAACAAGCCACCGAAGAGAGCUAAGCAAGCAUCAACUCUCAUCAUUGUGCCAAAGAGACUCCUGGAGCAGUGGGAGGAGGAAAUCAAGAAUCACAUGGUAGGUCGAAAUUGGAAAGAUGCCAUUAUCUACAGCGCAAAGAAGGGAUUGAAAAGGGUGGAUAUGGAGAAGUUUAAAAUCAUCCUCACGAAUUAUGCUCAGGUCCAACGGCAACUACCUUCGGGUAAAAGACUAGCGGAGGUUGAGGAACUAAAGCAAGAUGGCGACGAGAAGUGGAAAUCCGUCCUCAAAAAGCAUUGCAAGGGUCCUCUAUUCGAAAUUGACUGGUUCCGCGUUGUCCUUGACGAGGCCCACUAUAUCAAUAACAGGGACAGCAAAUCUUCAAGGGCGUGCAGGCUUCUCUGCAAGAAGUAUAGCUGGGCUCUGACCGGCACCCCCAUGACGAGACGGACGGUGGAGCUCUUCCCGUAUCUUGACUUUGUCAGGUCUAUGGUAGAGGGCUACGGUGACUUUCGAGCCUCUAUGGGUGAUGCCGGCGAUGUAAUCCCCGAACGCCAGCCGCCCGAGGUGCUUAUAGUCAAGUUCUCGCCUCUCGAGGAGCAGAUUCACAAAAGGUUCCAGGCUGAGCUCAAAUCCCUCCGCGAGACGCCGGGCAAUCAAAGGCCGCCUGGGCGAAUUAGGGAGCUGUUGAACUCCAUGAGAUUUUUCCCAUCCCAUCCGGCACUGAUCGAUCCCAACUUUUUAUCUACCCCUUUGAACCCGGCCCAAGCUCAAGAGAACUCGGGAUUUCAUGGCCAUCUUCACUAUUUCUGUAGGUCUUGCCGCAACGUACUAGCCCGGCCCCACAUGACGGAGUGCGGCCACCCGUUUUGCAAGAUUUGCCUGGCGAACCUUCUGCGGAAAUCAGGGAAGUGCCCUGACUGCGGCAAAGACUUGACAAACGGAUAUGAGGUAACAGGGGGUGAAUGCUACAACCAGCCCCUGGGAUACUUCAAAAAGGUAAAGAGGGCGGUUGGGGGAAAUCGUCUGGGUCCCAAGGGAAACAAGAAACGCGUGCGGAAGCCUGGAGACGACGAGCUCGGCAUACAGCCGCGGCUAAAUCCCAAGACCCCGGUCAAGAAGGCGAAGCGUGGGGGAAAGAAAAGGGCAGCAAAAGGAAAGAAGCGAGCGAUCAAGGGUGCGGGCACGCUCAGACAUGUCGGGCGCAACGCAGGGACUUUCCUGAGAGAUUGCGACAAAAGACCUUGGGAACCCAUCCCACACUGUGCCAAGACGAAGGCAGCUAUAGACCUGAUCUUGAAGUGGCACAAGGAGGCACCGGACGACAAGAUCAUCGUGUUCGCGCAGUGGAUUCCAAUCCUGGCUAUCUUGGGCAGGAUGGUCUUCCAGAAUGGGUUCAAGUUCGUCUACCUCUGGGGCGAGAUGAACCCCAUCCGACAGGAUAUGUGUAUCCGGGCUUUCCAGGAGAACCCGGACAUCAAGAUCUUGCUCAUCUCGGUCACCUGCGGCGCUCACGGUCUCAACCUGACCGUAGCCAACCGCGUGAUUAUGUAUGAUCACUGGUGGCAUGAAGGUUGGGAGCGCCAGGCGUUUGCCCGAGUCCACCGCAUCGGGCAGCAGAAGCAGGUGCAUACUGCCAGGUUACUGGUUGCGGGAUCCAUGGACGAAACCGUCCUUAACAUCCAAGCUAGGAAGCGGGAAGCCAUUGCUGCUGCUGUGGGUUGUCGGCGCGGCGAUGAAGAGUGUGGCGUGACCAUGGACGAGAUAUGUGAGGCCCUGGGUGGGGAAAAGGGGGAUCUUUCGAGCGAAGAUUUGGAAAGAGCGGACGUGAGUGAUGGGGAGAGAAGUGAUGAUGAGUACGAUGCGGACUCGGAGAGUGAUGUGGAUGAGGGGGGCGAGGAGGAUCCCGACGAUGAGGAUUACCGUAACGAGAGCGACCCUAACACCGACAGUGAGUCUUCGGGUGACUCGUCGGAAGACGAUGAGUAA